AUGCAGCAGCAAGGGGGGGAAAGGAAGGAAGAAGAGCUGGAGGCUCCAGCAGCCAGGAAGAGCCCAGGAGGGUGGGCAUGGGGAGUGGUCCUUCACUUCUUCCUGGUCAAUGUCCUUGUGAUUGGGAUGCUGAAGACCUUUGGGAUUUUCUUUGUGGCUUUCCAAGAGGAGGUGGGAGGCUCCUCUGAGCAGCUCAGCUGGAUUGGCUCCAUCAUGUCCUCCCUGCGCUUCCUCGGAGCCCCCCUGGUGGCCGUGGUCUGCAGGAGGCUGGGCGAGAGGCUGACCUCCAUCCUCGGGGCUGGCCUGGUGGCAGGGGGCUGCCUGCUCAGCACACAGGCCACCAGUGUCCCCUUCCUCUGUGUCUCCAUGGGACUCCUGCUGGGGAUGGGGUUUGCCUGCCUGUACCAGGCGGCGGCGGUGGUGACAGCGCAGCGCUGCCGCUCGCGGCUGGCCCUCUCCAACGCCAUCGCCCGCGCCGGGAUGGGGCUGACCUUCCUGCUGGCUCCCUUCACCCAGCUGCUCAUCCACCUCUACGGCUGGCAAGGCACCCUCCUGAUUUUUGGAGGCAUCAUGUUAAACCUGGUGCCUUCCAGCAUGCUGCUGAGACCUGCCAGCACCCAGCCACCUCCACCCUCCUCUGUUGGGCACCCAGACCAGGAGGCUUCAGUGGCAAAGAAGGAUCCAGAAAGCCUUGAUGGAUGCUUAGAUGAAACCUCUGACAGGGAAACACAACUUCACAGUGCAGUGGACCUUCCCUCCACGGAGGGGCUGAUGAUGUCCCAUGGCAGAGAUGUCCCUGCUGCAGUUGCAAGCUCACCAGACAGAGCCACCAAGGCCAAGAGAAGCUACAAAUGCCUUCCACCAGCUGAAAAGGACAAUUCAGAGCCUCUCCUCGACUUCUCCCCACUGAAGGAUCCUAUCUUUGCCAUCUUCACCUGGUCUUUUCUCUUCAGCCACUUGGCCUACUUCGUGCCCACCUUCCACCUGGUGCCACGGGCCAGGACGCUGGGCAUCAGCAGCAUGGAUGCCUCCUACCUCGUUUCAGUGGCUGGCAUCACAGAGACACUCAGCCAGCUGCUCUCAGGCUGGAUUGCUGACCAGAACUGGACCAAGAAGUAUCACUACCAUGUGGCUUACCUUGUCCUCAGUGGCAUCACCAACCUGCUGUGUCCUCUGGCCACCACCUUCCCCUUGCUCAUGACCUACAUGGUGGCCUUUGCUGUGUUCUGUGGUGGGUUCAUGGCUCUGGUCCUCCCUGUGCUGGUGGACCUGGUGGGGGUGCAAAAGCUCCACAGCUACUUGGGGUUUGCUGCCUUCUUUGCUGGGCUGGCAGCCAUCAGUGGACCUCCUCUAGCAGGGUGGCUCUAUGACUACACCCAGACAUAUGCCUGCUCCUUCCUCUUUGCUGGAGCCUGUGCCCUCCUCUCACCUCUUUCUUUCUUCUUGGAGCCUUCAGCCCAAAAAUGGAAGCUAAAAAAACAAACAAACAAAAGCAAACCUCUUAACAAGCAUGAGAAACCAACAAGGAGGGGUUCUGAAGCCAACGAUGCAGCAGUGUCAGCCUCCUCUCGCCGCUGGCUCGCCGUCGGGUCGACUGCGCCCCCGAAGUCGCUUCUCAACCGCAGCAAACAACCGGAGUCGGCCUCCUGCUUUCCACACACCCCCAAAGUGAGGAGGGACAGCAGCAGCUCCUCUGUCAAGGUGAGGAGGGACAGCAGCAACUCCUCUGUCAAGGUGAGGAGGGACAGCAGCAGCUCCUCUGUCAAGGUGAGGGGGGACAGCAGCAACUCCUCCGUCAAGGUGAGGAGGGACAGCAGCAACUCCUCUGUCAAGGUGAGGGGGGACGGCAGCAACUCCUCUGUCAAGGUGAGGAGGGACAGCAGCAACUCCUCUGUCAAGGUGAGGGGGGACGGCAGCAACUCCUCUGUCAAGGUGAGGAGGGACAGCAGCAACUCCUCUGUCAAGGUGAGGAGGGACAGCAGCAACUCUGUCAAGGUGAGGGGGGACAGCAGCAACUCCUCUGUCAAGGUGAGGAGGGACAGCAGCAACUCUGUCAAGGUGAGGAGGGACAGCAGCAACUCUGUCAAGGUGAGGGGGGACAGCAGCAACUCCUCUGUCAAGGUGAGGAGGGACAGCAGCAACUCCUCUGUCAAGGUGAGGAGGGACAGCAGCAACUCCUCUGUCAAGGUGAGGAGGGAAAGCAGCAGCUCCUCUGUCAAGGAAGAAGAACAGCUGGACUCUGCCAUCACAUUCACACUGAAGGACAACCACCCAGAAACGCUGGGAUUUGACCCUCAAAAAACAUUUAAGAGCAUUAAAUGA